AUGUCCAACGACAUCACCCAAAAGACGGCUUCCCAGCCACAAGACCCUAUCCAUGUCGAAAAGGGUCCCUCUCACAUCACGCACCUCAAUGAUGUGAGCCUCGACGACAAGGGACUCAACAAUGAGGCCCACGAGGGUACCAACAUUGAACACAGCUUCGGUGUCUGGCAAGGUCUCAAGACCUACAAGCGCGCCGCCUUCUGGUCCAUCCUCAUCUCAACCACGGUCAUUAUGGAGGGUUACGAUGUCACCUUGAUCGGCUCCUUCUACGGUUAUCCCGCGUUCCGCGAAAAGUACGGUGAAUACCUCGACGAGGAAAACGGCUACCAGAUCUCUUCGUCCUGGCAACAGAAGUUCAACGCCAUCGGAGCUGUCGCAAACAUCGUCGGUGCCAUCCUGAACGGAUACUUGACCCCAAAGUUCGGUCACCGCAAGGUCCUCAUCUUUUCUCUCGUCUGGCUCGCCGCCUUCGUCUUUGUCGUUUUCUUCGCCCACAACAUCGAGAUGCAAUUGGCUGGUCAAGUUCUCUGCAACAUUCCCUGGGGUGUCUUCGCCACAACUGGCCCUGCGUACGCUGCCGAGGUCACGCCCCUUGCUAUCCGUGGAUACCUGACUUCCUACGUCAACCUGUGCUGGUGUAUCGGUCAGUUCAUCUCUGCCGGUAUCCUCAAAGGACUCGUCGACGUCAAGGGUCAGUGGAGUUACAAGAUCCCCUUUGCCGUGCAGUGGGUCUGGCCCAUCCCCCUCAUCAUUGCCGCUUGGCUCGCCCCUGAGUCUCCCUGGCACCACGUUCGUAAAGGCAACCUCGAUGCGGCCAAGAAGUCGCUCGCGCGCCUCUCAGAGCCUGAACACAACGUUGAUCUAGAUGCCACUGUGGCCAUGAUGGUCCAUACGAACAAGCUCGAGAUUGAGGAGCAAGCCGGCGCUUCUCUGUUUGACUGCUUCAAGGGAACCAACCUCCGACGUACCGAGAUCGCUUGCAUGGCAUUCAUGUCUCAAAUUACUAACGGCGGCGCCCUCUGCUACUCCGGCUCCUUCUUCUUCCAGCAAACUGGAAUCAGCGCCUCCGCUUCGUACGCCAUCAGCUUGGGAGGUACCGGCAUCGCUUUCCUCGGCACCUGUAUCUCUUGGCUAUACAUCUACAAGUUUGGUCGUCGUACUAUCUGGAUUGUCGGAUUCUCUCUUCUUGUGGCCUGCCUAUGGAUCAUCGGAUUUUUGUCUGUUGCCCCGAACCAGACUGGUGGCAUCAUCUGGGGACAGUCCAUCCUUUGCGUCGUAUGGCUCGGCUUCUACUCCAUGUCCGUCGGUCCUAUCGUUUACACCCUUGUCGCCGAGAUUGGCUCUACUCGUCUUCGCACCCAGACUGUCGUCUUGGCUCGCAGCACCUACUACGUCGGUAACAUCAUCUGUGGUGGCCUCAUCCAGCCCAAGAUGCUGGCACCUGGUGACUGGAACCUGAAGGGAAAGACUGCAUUCUUCUGGGCAGUCCUUGCUACCCUUACCUGGGUCUGGGGUUACUUCCGCAUGUUCGAGACCAAGGGCCGCACCUUUGGCGAGAUGGAUGUCAUGUUCCAGAAGGGCGUCUCGGCUCGCCAGUCCGGCAAGUACCAGCUCACCUCGGAAGAGGUCUUCAUUGCCGAGCAGCACCAGACUCUGAGCAGGAAUCAGACGGAGAAGCUGUGA